AUGAGUGUAGUAAAACAUGCGAGGAUAUUUGUGGCUAUUGCGACGUGUGCAUUGGUGGGCUCCCCGCUUGCUGCGUUUCCCACAUUGAGGGCUUAUUUUAUUGACAAUGGGCUUUACGAGGAUCUCUGCCAAGUGCACUCGGAAGCAACGAUCCAUUGCCUGGCCCGACAGCUUCAAUUCGACAAGAUCUAUGUGUUUGGUGCAUUUUCUACUGGUCUAGGCAUACUUUUGGGGUAUUAUGUGCUCAAUUUGGCCGGGUUUACCUGCUCGAGCUUGGUGGGCAACUUUUUGCUUGCAUUGGGAUGCUUUUUAAUGGGCAGUGAUCCUAAAGAGGUACCUGAACUAGAUAAUUUCGUAUGGGGGUUUGCAUUAAUAUGCCUGGGCCAGCCGUUUACUUUGUUUAGUGCCUUGGAUGCCUCUAGUUACGUCGAGGGCUGGACCCUACCUUUUGUCGUUUUCCUUUUGGCCAUCGCUGCUCUUGCUUCGGGUAUUUGGCACUACGCAAUUGUCAAUUUGGCUCCUGAAAGUAUAGUGGACCUUUUCAAUUGGUAUUUGCUAGUGCCUAUUGUACUGGUUUGUGCUACGAUUGCUGUAGCGCCUCUCUGCGGAUUCAAUACUGCAGAAGGCAGAGUUGAUCGGUUGGUUGAGCGGGCAUUCAGACCCAGUCUCGACAAAUCGCCAGAAUUGCCGCUGCUAGAACACCAGGUGGACGAUGUUGAUGAAAGUCUUUGGGUCAUUGGCAAAGAAAAACAAAACGCUUCUCGGAUUGCCAGUCGCUGGUUUUGGGCCCUAUUUAUCUUUUACGCUGCCAAUAUGCUUGUUUUGGACGGAUUCAUGUCGAGUGGUCCGGAAUACGCCUGGUCAGUUAACCAUGCUUCGGGAAUUGUCGUUUACUACCUGUCUGUUUACGCUCCAGUCGUGAGCGCUGGAGGUGUGGUGUUGACUGCACUGGCGUUCUACAAAAUGCCACACUUUUACGUGAUUUCUUUAACCCAGAUUUUAUGCCUGGCUUGUCCUGUUCUGCUUUUGUUUGGCCAAUGGAAAGCAGCAGCUAUUAUUGUUCCCCUAGGUCGAGUAUUGCUCCAUGCCGCUGCGGUCAACUACUGUGCCCGGGUGUUUGGAUUCAGUUCGUUUGGCUUUGUGUAUGGUAUCUUGAAUGUCUUUUCAGGCAUCACGCUUUGUCUACUACCUGUGAUUGACCAUUUCCUGUUGAGCUUCGAGGGCCCCUCGCGGGCAUUAAUGGUGUCGGUCGCCGUGUUCCAAGCCGUCAGUAUUGCCAUUUCACUUAGACUGUUUGCAACAAAAAUCAGCUUCAUUGAUCGCUGUUUACUGGAACGUGAGGCAGAACAAUCAGUGGAGGGAGCUAUUUCAUUAUAA